GAGAAUAAUGAUGAAUAUAUAAAACGGGGAUCUAAGCCUUCAAGGGAUUUUUCAGAUUCUGACAAAAUGGCUGUUUCAAAUGGACGACAAGUCAAGAAACCAAGAGUGGUGGAGGAGCACCUCGAGUCAGAUGACGGAGAGGUCAACCUCGAAGAGGUCGACAGCGGCUCAGAUAACUACGACUUUGAGCCGGGAGAUGACUUAGAGGACAUCAAGCAAGAAGUGGAAGACUGGGAUGACACGCUAGAAGAUGUGGAAAUGGAACAGGAUGACUUCACAGAGGAGAUCAAGCAAGAGGAGGACAGUGACAGUGAGCAUUGGGAGGAGAAGAGCUCCAAGACAGGUAGUAAAUGGGAGCAGAGUGCGAAAGCUUGGGGCGAGGGGGAUGACAACUUUGGCGACGUCGAGUCCGGCAGCGGCGAAGAGGAGUCUGUGUCCGAGAACGAUGGGCAGUGCUUCCGAAUACGGCGAAGAUGAUGGUGUGCAAGAGGCUGGCAUGGGGUUGGCUAAUGUUCUAAACAUGAUUUUGAAGUCAAAGAAAAAGGGCAAAGAAAUUCUCACAAAGGCUAAAAAAGAUGACGAAAGGAGAGUGAGAUUCGACGAAGACUUUGAGGUUGUGGACGAAGAGGGAAACGUUAGAAAAGUAGUGAAAGAAGAGGAGGUAAAGAGUGCAGUCAGAAUGUCACUGCAUCAGAAACAGUUACAGAGAAAAGCAUGGAUCAACCAGUUUCACGUAAAGCCGACGAUAUUGGACAAUCGGGAAAAGGAGAAAGCGCUGAAGGUCAUUGCCACGCAUGGAGUCGUACAGUUAUUUGGUGCUAUUGAAAAGCACAAGAGCAUAAUCUCAAAGAAAAUGGCGGAGACCAAGAGCGUCAUUGGAAAAGAAACGUUGCUCGAAAAUAUUGGCAAAGAGGAUUUCCUGAAGGUGCUCAAGAGGAAAGGCAAACAUAUGGAAGAUGUGUAUUCAGAAGACGAGGUUAAAAAGGAGUUUAAAGAGGAGCCGCAAGAAGUCCCAGGAAAGAAGCCGAGGUGGAGUGUCCUGUCCGAGAACUUCUACAAGGAACCGACACUACAGGGGUGGGAUCAAGAGAGUGAUGAAGACGAAUAAGUUGUUAUGUAAUUAAUAUGUUUGAGACUGUAACAUAUUUAUGUAUUAUGCAAUUGUGAGUUCAUAAAGUUUAUAUGAAAAGGUAAAGAAAUGAAUUGUUUUUAUAA